GAUUCCGACACGCACUUCAAUCCUUUCCUACAUUUCACCAACCAUAUAACAAGCUAGCCCAAAAACGUUUUGUACAUUUAUUUCAAACAAAAAGAAACCAUGACAAUCUUAGCAGCAGAAACUAAGAAACAACACAAAAACACAUCAUCAAGAAAUAAACACAAAAAGAAAGACAGCACCCAUGUAUCAGUUUCAGUUAACGAAAAAACCCCUUUAGUUUCAAAGAAUUACAAAAAAGGUGGCCAUAAUAAUAAUGAGUUCAACAAUGCAUCGAUGUCGGGUGCGGUUAUGAACCUUUCGACAACGAUCAUAGGGGCCGGUAUCAUGGCGUUACCGGCUACUAUGAAAGUGUUGGGACUAGGUGUCGGUAUAGUUGUGAUUGUACUUGUUGCGAUAUUAUCGGAAUCAACGGUUAGGAUAUUGUUGAAGUAUAGCAAACAAGGAGGUGCAGAAUCUUAUGGUGGGUUGAUGGGGGAUGCAUUUGGUGAUGUUGGAAAAAAAGUGUUGCAAGGUUGUGUGGUGGUUAAUAAUAUUGGUGUUCUUGUUAUCUAUAUGAUUAUUAUUGGUGAUGUAGUUGCGGGAUCAACUUCAAAUGGGGUGCACCACCCUGGUCUAUUGGAAGGCUGGUUUGGACCACACUGGUGGACUGGUAGAGUCUUUGUGCUUCUAGUCACAACACUUGGUGUGUUUGUUCCGUUAGCAUCCCUCAAGCGUAUGGAUUCACUAAGCGUUACAUCCAGUUUAGCCGUCGCACUAGCUGUAGUUUUCCUUAUAAUCACUGCAGGAAUCGCCAUCUAUAAGAUCGUAGAUGGUAGUCUCCCAAUGCCAAGAUUACUUCCAGAUGUUACAGAUAUUAACUCUGUUUGGAACCUAUUCACUGCAGUCCCUGUUCUUGUGACUGCUUAUAUAUGCCAUUUUAACGUGCAUACUAUUCGCAACGAGCUUGAAAACCCUUCACUUAUUGAACCAAUUGUACAGAUUUCAUUGGUUUUAUGUACAUUUGUGUACAUAAUGGUUAGUUUCUUUGGUUUUGUACUCUUUGGUGACUCUACGAUGGGUGAUAUAUUGUCAAACUUUGAUUCUGAUUUGGGUGUUCCUUUUAGUGUUCAACUCAAUGACAUAGUUCGUGUCAGCUACGCCCUGCAUCUUAUGCUAGUUUUCCCUCUUGUAUUUUAUGCUCUACGUCUUAACACAGACGGCCUGUUCUUUGAAUCAUCCGGGCUGCCUUUGGAAUUAGACAACAAGCGGUUUGCUAUUGUUAGUGUAGGUCUUCUUUCGGUUAUAUACUUGGGUGCUAAUUUUGUCCCAAGUGCCUGGGAUGCUUUCCAGUUUACAGGAGCAACUGCUGCUGUUUGCAUUGGGUUCAUUUUUCCUGCUUCUAUUGCUAUAAGGGAUGUUCAUGGGAUUGCAACGAAAAGCGAUAAAAUGUUGGCUGUUUUGAUGAUUGGUUUGGCUGUGUUUGCAAAUGUUGUGGCUAUAUAUAGUGAUGCAUAUGCCUUAUUCAAAAAAAACCCUUCUACGCGUGCUUGAUUUUGUGAUGGCACGAGACAAAUCAACUCGGGUUUCUUUGGUCAAACCGAGCCAAAUUUUGUAUAAAAUGAUUGUGUUUGAUGGUGUAUGUGGAAGUGUAUAAGAACUCAUUUGAAAGGAGAAUUUGUAAUAAUAUUGUCGUACUAUGAUAUUGUUGUCA